AUGGGCGCCGGAAACUCCACGCCGCAAACGGCACACAUCGUCAAUCCCGCGCGCGCGAUGCAUGCAAUUCAAGUCACGCCAAGCGUUGUCAAUCGCUUAGAGAAAGCCAACCAGCAAAUUUCUGAAACAACCCUACCGUCAUCAAGUAAAGAUGAACAAAUGCAUUGUGCACGCUGUUGUACUUGUGGAUUCUUCAAGGGCAAAGACAAGGAGGCCAGCCUGUUGGCAAUGAAAUCGAAUGAGUUGCAAGAGAGACAAUAUGCGAAGACGCUGGAGAAAUUGGAAGCGAUGUUGGGCAAGCCGGUACGUUUUGCAGAUGUCCACGGUGAACAUCUAAAGCACUUGGAGCAACAGCUAUUAAAAUGCUAUGCAGAUAAUCCACGCGAGCCGCUAAUUUGUUCUCAGGCGGCCAAGGAAUACCAAAAUUUCGUUUUCCAGCAACAAUUCAAAGCGAUUCUUAAUGCCAAGAAUAUAUCAACAGAGCAGUAG